UCCCCAUCCCGCCCCCUCGCCGAGCUAGCCCGGGCCCAGCGGAGCGGCGAUACCUCAGGAUGUCGUCCCCACACCGGAUCCCUGGCUGGGCGGUCCCGCCGUGGAAGGGGGACUCGCCGGUCUGCGGCCGGGAGCGGGAGCGGCAGCGGGACCGGUCCCACCGCGAGGUACCGGCCGGUCCAGCGAGGCCGGGUCCCCUCUGGGCUCGCGGUGUCCCCUGGACGGGCCGGGACGCUCCGCGGGGCCGCUGGUUGGAUGGAGCACGGUCCCCUCGGCAGGCCCUUCCCCAGGCCUGCAGCAAACCCUCACGUGCGUUUUUGAGGAGCUGCUCCGAGGUUCCUGCACCAGAGCUGUGCUCCAGGGAUGGUUCCCUUAGUCACAAUCCCCGUGGGAAGCGGCCGUGGGAGGAACAGCUUGGUGCCGGUCACAGCCGAUCCCCGCUCUGCCUCCAGCUCCAUCCCGAGUGUCUGACCCUGGAGCUGCCCUGGGGCAAAUCUGAGGGCAGAAAAGGCCGGGAGCCCGCAGGGGGCUGUCCCCGACCCCCGUGGGUGCAGCACCCGCUCCCCAUCACACUCGGGCAGGGCAGAGGAGGCGGAGGGAGAGGAGGAAGAGGAGGGAGAGGAGGUGUUCAGCGUGCAGCAGGUGCCGAGGCGAAGCUCGCCACAACAAAUCGCUGUGAUUCAGCCCCGGAGCAUCUGGCAGCGAGCGGUAACGAGCCGGGGGAUGCCGGUGUCACGCAGCCGCUCCGCCGAGGCGUCCCGGAGCCCCCGGGAACGGGAGCUGCCCUGCACGGAUCCGCUCAUCCGGGGAGGAUGAUGCUCCUCAGCUCCCGUUUCCCGAGCCCUCGCUGGCCUCAGGGCUCUGCUUCUCUCUCGGUGUCACAGCACAGGACACAGCCGUGUCACCUCUGGGAGCUCCCUGCGCUGUCCCAGCCCUCCCGACCCUCCCACACGUCUGGAGCAUCCCUCAGGGGGGUGGGAAGGGCUGGGCCAGGUGUGGGGAUACAUCUGGGUGGGUUUCCAUGGGGGAACAGCACCCCUGGGCAGCACACCAGGUCUCAGAGGUCUCCUGCUGCCGUCGGUGUGGGAGCUGCCAGCUCCCCCUCCACGAUCUCAAAAAUCGUGUCUGUCUGACCCUUCUUUCAUCACAGCUCCAGAGAAUUUCCUCUCUGGUUAUUUGAAUUUAAUUAUCUGUUGUCUUACCAUCCAUCUCCUGGCUUUUAGGAUCAGGGCACAAGCUCCUGUCAUCCCUUUGCAGCCCCUCCAGUGGCUGCUGUCUCUGGGAUUGAGGUUGGAUGAUGGAAUAAAUCAUUCUAAGUCAUCAAACGGGC